ACAUCCAGAUACAGUUUCUCCCCCCUUUGCCUCAACCCCCAAUUUCCACGGCCACCGGAAAUGGCAGCCACCGCCCUCUUCUCCGCCCCAAUUUCCAUCCAACAUAAUUCCUCUUUUGCCUCCAAAACCUUCUCCUCUACAAAACUUCCACUAACCCUCCUCCGAGCUUCCACCUCCUCAACUUCCACCACCGUCGAAGAUGACGAAGAAGAAGAUACCACCACCCAAUCUAAAUCAAUCCCUUUCGGGGGUUGUAAAGCAUGUGGGAAACCAGAGAUCGAGAGAGGAUGUAAUGGUGAGGGGAGGAUUCAAGGUGGAAUUGCAACCGUACCAGGCUUUGGUUGGUGGCCAAUAAAAGCUUAUCGUCCUUGUCCUGAUUUCGUCGCCACUGGUGGUCGCUACCGCCGUCAAGGCCAGAGCAUGGAUGAGGUUGCUGGCUUUGGGACUGUCCCAAGAACAACCACCACCACCACCACCGCCGCCGCCGCCGCCGCCGCUGCCGCUGAAACUCAAUCAAGCAACAAAGAAGGGCCAAGGAAAUUUAAGAGAUGAGAGCAUUUAUAUUCUUCUUUAAUGGCAGAUUGAAGCUUGAUUGUUCAUACAGAAACUCCCAAAUGAAAAUGGGUUCAUGGGCAUAUAU